UCUUUCUUUUCUGCCGCAUACACACCCAAAAAAAAAAAGAACGUUUCCUCCAAUGUCGCAUAAACGUAAAAGAGAAGAUGACAAUUCAGCGAAUCCAUAUGUACAAGAACGACCUCAUUUUGGUGAACUGGCAGAGCAGUUUCCCGUCUUUCGUCCUUUUGUCCAUACGGAUAAAAACGAAAACCCAUAUAUUGAUUUUAAGGACUCAGAAGCUGUUCGAACACUAACAUGGUGUUUAUUGAAACGCGACUUUGGCCUUGAUGUCAAACUACCUGCAGAUCGGCUAUGUCCGCCAGUUCCUAACCGUCUCGAUUAUAUUCUCUGGAUUGAGGAUAUUCUGAAGGAAACCUUACCCACUGAUCAGUUUGAUAUGGCCCACGGUAUUGACAUUGGAGUUGGUGCAUCAUGCAUAUACCCAUUACUGUGUUGUGCGCGUCAUAAAGAUUGGAAAUUCGAUGGCACAGACAUUGACGAAACCUCUGUACGGAUUGCACGUGACAAUAUUCGUAAGAACAAAAUGAACGACAGGAUUACCAUCCAAUACAACAGUAUUCCAGAGCGUAUCUUUCUUUUGGAUGAAGGGAAAAAGUACACGUUUUGUAUGUGUAAUCCACCGUUUUAUGCAUCUGAAGAAGAGGUCGAACAGAGUUUACAAACCAAACAAGCCGAACCAUUUGCGAUCUGCACAGGGACCAAAAAUGAAAUGAUCACAGAUGGUGGUGAAUAUGGUUUUAUUCAGCGAAUGAUGAACGAAAGUCUAAUUUACAAAGACCGGAUCAUGUGGUAUACGAGCCUGAUAGGUUUAAAAAAGUCGGUUCGUCCGUUAGUGGACCAACUUGAAUCAUUUGGUAUAAACAACUAUGUUGUCUCAGAGUUUAUCCAAGGACGGACCAAAAGAUGGGCGAUAGCAUGGUCAUUUGGACCCAAACGACUGCAUAAGGUGCACAAUCUCGUUGAAUAUCGAGCAAAAUUACAUUUCGUCUCCUAUAUGCCCAAACCCGUAUCCUAUGUUCGCGAGCAAGUGAUUGCCAUCCUGCAAGACCUCAACAUUUCAUUUGAACAAGACGGAAAUGAUCCAAAUGUCAUUACAGGCAAACCUCGAGCCAUUACAUGGAGCCGUGCAGCACGUCGUCUUUUGAACAAAAAGCAAAAGAUUGAGGAAAAUGAGCUUCCGAUAUUUGAGUUCCAGUUUGCACUGCUCGAAGAAGAAGAAGAAGAAGAAAGAGAGGGAGACAAGCAGUUGGAUGGUGGUUGCAGGAUCGCCAGUGUAUGGCUCCAGGGCGAUAAAAGAACGGCAUUUGAAAGCUUCUGGUUUCAUGUUGAAAGGCGUGUCCAGGAAGCGUGUGGAGUUGAUCGAGGAAGUACGUUCAAUAGCAAGAGUGGUGCUGUUUCUGAGGCAUGAUCAAUGUGUACGUACUGUAUCAUACUCAAAAAGAUGAUAAAUGGCAUUUGUACAUACCUAAUCGAAGCUUAUCAAAUAAAGUGUUUAAAUAAUAAAGGACA